CCCCAAUCUCCACCCCCCGCCCUCCGGGCUCCUGCUCCCGGGAGCCCCGCAAACCCCGCUCCGCCCGCGCCCCGCACAGCACCGAGGCUCCCAGCCCGGUCCGCCCAGCUGCCCCAUCCCGGGGCCAUGGGGGCACCCCCGGGCUACCGACCCUCUGCCUGGGUGCAUCUCCUCCACCAGCUGCCCCGCGCCGACUUCCAGCUCCGACCGGUGCCCAGCGGUUUUGCGCCCCGCGACCAAGAGUACCAGCAGGCCCUGCUGCUGGUGGCAGCCUUGGCUGGGCUGGGUUUGGGCCUGAGCCUCAUCUUCAUCGCUGUCUACCUCAUCCGCUUCUGCUGCUGCAGGCCCCCGGAACCCCCUGGGGCCAAGAGUCCCCCACCAGGAGGAGGCUGUGUCAUCUGGAGCUGCAUCGCUGCCCUCCUCGUGGGCUGUGCGGGCAUUGGCAUUGGUUUCUAUGGCAACAGCGAGACCAGCGACGGGGUGUCCCAGCUCAGCUCAGCACUGCUGCAUGCCAACCACACGCUCAGCACCAUUGAUGACUUGGUGCUGGAAACAGUGGAGAGGCUGGGUGAGGCAGUAAGGACGGAGCUGACCACCCUGGAGGAAGUACUGUCAGAGCGCGUGGAGCUGGUGGCCGCCACCCGGGGAGCCCGGAGGCAGGCGGAGGCUGCGGCUCAGCACCUGCAAGGACUGGCCUUCUGGCAAGGAGUGUCCCUCAGCCCAGUGCAGGUGGCUGAAGAUGUGACUUUUGUGGAGGAGUACAGGUGGCUGGCCUACGUCCUCCUGCUGCUCUUGGUGCUUCUGGUUUGUCUCUUCACCCUCCUGGGCCUGGCGAAGCAGAGCAAGUGGCUGGUGGUUGUGAUGACCGCCAUGAGUCUCCUGGUGCUUGUCCUGAGCUGGGGUUCUAUGGGCCUAGAGGCUGCCACAGCUGUGGGCCUCAGUGACUUCUGCUCCAACCCAGACACCUAUGUGCUGAACCUGACCCAGGAGGAGACAGGGCUCAGCUCAGACAUCCUCAACUAUUAUUUCCUGUGCAACCAGGCGGUCUCCAACCCCUUCCAACAGAGGCUGACUCUGUCCCAGCGAGCUCUAGCCAGCAUCCACUCCCAGCUGCAGGGCCUGGAGCGGGAAGCUGUCCCUCAGUUUCCUGCAGCACAGAAGCCCUUGUUAUCCUUGGAGGAGACGCUGAAUGUGACAGAGGGAAGCUUCCACCAGUUGGUGGCGCUGUUGCACUGCCGCAGUCUGCACAAGGACUACGGCUCGGCACUCCGAGGUCUGUGUGAAGAUGCCCUGGAGGGCCUGCUGUUCCUGAUGCUCUUCUCCCUCCUGUCUGCGGGGGCCCUGGCCACCACCCUUUGCAGCCUGCCCCGUGCCUGGGCCCUCUUCCCGCCCAGGAAUCCAAGCGCUUUGUGCAGUGGCAGUCUUCCAUCUGAGCCUCCCCUCCAGCCUGGAGCCUGCCUCUCCUCUUCGGCUCAGCACCGCUCUGGUUCUGAAAGUCACAUGCAUAUCCUGACAAUGGAAGAGGCAGAUCCCAGGAAGAGAACAAACCUAGCAUUAGAUCUAAACGUGCGUGCAUCCACAGGAACAAAGUCGAGCUUCCAGUCACGUGGAAUGUACAAGGCCUGGUGGGUUUCGGAACGGUGUGGAAUCAACUCGCUUCCUGGCGGCUCAAAUCCAGCACGAGACGUCAGAAAACCUAAGUGUGUGCCAGUCAAGGGGCAGACCUGUUCAAAGAGAAAGUAGAAUAUCUGUAUGGAGUGCGGCCAGGGUGAUGUAGAAGGGGAGACUGGAAAGAAGAUGAAAUCUAGACAGGAAAAGAUAAGGCAGCCUAUGAGCUAUGAAGUAAAAUCAAACACGGCAGAGUAAAAAGGGAAAUCUAUUAUCUGGGGAGUAAUGCCUAUGUAGUUCUCUUUUAUAAAAAAAGGCAGCACCUAUGACAAAUAACCCACAGAAGCUUCUAUUGAUUUAACAAAAAGACAACUCAAUUUAAAAGUAAGCAACUGAGAUGAACAUAGGAAAAAACAAAAACCCCACGACAAACUCACAAAGUUGUUCAAAUUCUAAUGAUUUCCCAGCACGAUGUCCUACUCCCCAGCCCAGUACUUACUUAUUGUGACAUUGAAGUGGGGUGCUGUCUGGUGCUGGUCUAGAAGCCCAGGAAGAGGUGCUCAAAAUAUGCUGCCCCGGAGGCUAUGAAUCCCUAGUUAUGUGAGAAAAAAAAAAAAAAAAAGAAAAACCUGCUCAUAUGUGAAAGAA